AUGCCUCCGAAGAAACAUGAAAAUGCUCAUCCACCCACUCAACCACCAACUACCACCUAUCUCCAGGUGUUGCUGUCAUUCGAAGACGUGGCUGUGGACCUCACCCAGGAGGAAUGGCAGCACAUGAACAAUGCUCAGAAAACUCUGUACAAGGAUGUGAUGCUUGAAACCUAUAUCAAUCUGCUGUUCUUGGGGUUCUACAUUGCAAAGCCUGAUGUGAUCUUCAAGUUGGAGCAAGAAUCAGUGCAUCGGAUAGGGGAAAACUCUGUAAACCAGGGUGUUCCAGAGCCCUACAAAAAGAAUGAGCUGCUUGAAGCUAAUCGGGAAAGUCAAGAAGGAAUCUUCAGGCAAGUUGUAAUCACAAAAAUUGUGUAA